AUGUCGAGUUGGCCAGGGGCACGGCGGACACACGUCUACCGCGGCCUCUCUAAUAUUUCUCUCGACAGCUAUCUUCACAAGAAAGUUCUUCUGCUGCUCCGCGAUGGCCGAAGCUUCAUGGGCAUACUUCGUUCUUUUGAUCAUCACUCCAACGCUGUUCUUCAGGGUGCCUUCGAGAGAGUUGUUGUGGGUCAUCUUUACUGUGACAUCCCUUUGGGUGUGUUCGUGGUCCGUGGAGAAGAAGUUAUUUUAACUGGCGAGCUGGGGAUGGAGGAGGAGCGUCUAAGUCUUCAGCUUAUGACUCGUGUUUCAAUGGCAGAAAUCAAAAGGGCACGGAAAGAUGAGAGGGAGGCUGAAGAUCUUAAAAGAAAAAUAGGACUAGGAAUCCUUGAUUUGGAUUAG